AUGGAUGGACCUGCUGCCAAAACCAAUGAAAGCACCUUCCCCAGCUUUGUGGAUCUUGACAACUUCCUUAACAAGCACGACUCCAACUUCAUCUGGCUUCUCGUUGCCACCAUUCUGUCCUGUGGAUGGAUUAUCUAUUUAACUUAUUACAACUCACGCAACAUUGGUCUCAUCCUCACCCUCAUCAUCAACAGACUCUACAAGGAUGGCUACAUUCACAUCGGCUCCUUCUCCUUCUCCGUGCUGUCAGGGAAGGUCAUGUUCAGAGAUGUCUACUACAUCAACCAGGACAUGUCUAUCAGGAUACAGGACGGCUUUCUCAUAUUUCGUUGGUGGAAAAUGUAUAACCCAAAACAGAAACAGCAUGAUCCCAAGGCAGAGACGAGGCUUUACGUGACUGUCAACGGCUUUGAGUUCCACGUCUACAACCGGACUGACCUCUACGCACGGCUGCAGGAGACCUUUGGACUGGACCCCACGCUCCAAAGGCCCAAAAAAGAUGAAGAGAGGGGGCGAGAGGACAGAAACAAGACACUGGAAAGCGUCAGCAUUAAAGCUGAAAGUCAGGAUCCCUCAUCGUCUUGGCGGUCCCUCAUUCCCGUCAUCAAAGUUAACAUCAGUACUGGUCGCUUGGCAUUUGGGAACCACUACCUCCCCCAGACUUUGUGCAUGAACUUUGAGGACGCCUUCCUGACAUACGCCACCAAACCUCCCUCCAGCCACUUGGACCAGUACAUGCACAUUGUUAAAGGCUCACUGGAGAAUGUGCGGGUCAUGCUGGUUCCCAGUCCGCGCUACGUGGGCAUGCAGAGUGACGAACCCCCUAGACUGAUGGGAGAAGGAUUUGUGGUGAUGCAGUCCAAUGAUGUUGACAUCUACUAUUACCAGGAUGAACCAGGUCUGGUCCCUGCGGAGCAGGAGAGUGGCGAGGAAGCAGAGACGAGCAGUGAGGACGAUAAACUCCAGGACCUGCCUCCUUGUUGGGGUCUGGACAUAGUCUGUGGGAAAGGAACUGAUUUUAACUACGGGCCUUGGGCAGACCGCCAGAGGGACUGUCUGUGGAAGUUCUUCCUGCCUGCAGACUUCCAGGCCAUGAAGGCAACUGAGGUUGCACAGCCAGGAAAACCCAGACAGAUCCAGGCCUUCGAGCUCCGCAUGAACAUCAUUGCUGACGCCACCAUCGAUCUGCUUUUCACCAAAAACAGGGAAACCAAUGCCAUUCAUGUGAAUGUAGGUGCAGGCUCUUACCUGGAAGUCAACAUCCCCAUGACUGUGGGAGAGAAUGGCUACUCUCCCACCAUCAAAGGUCAGCUGCUUCAUGUGGACACCACCAGCAGCAUGCAGUACAGGACCCUUCUGGAAGCUGAGAUGUUAGCUUUCCACGUGAUAGCCAGCUACCCCCGGGUAUGGAACAUGCCCCAGUCGUGGCAGUGCGAGAUUGAGGUGUACAAGGCCACGUACCAUUUCAUCUAUGCCCAGAAAAACUUCUUCACUGAUUUGAUCCAGGACUGGGCGAGUGACAGCGCCCCUGAUAUCUACUCCUUCGUGCCGUAUUCCUGGAAGUUCAAGGUCCUUUUCCACCAGUUUGAGAUGAUCUGGGCAGCAAACCAGCACAACUGGAUCGACUGUUCCACUAAGCAGCAGGAGAAUGUGUACCUGGCAGCCUGCGGCGAGACGCUCAAUAUAGACUUCACUUUGCCUUUCAAUGAGUUUGUUCCAACCACCUGCCAUACCCGCUUCAGCUUAAAGGCGGAAGAUACAGACAUGCGACUUUCCCUGCCAGAGUGCCAUCCGAGUCGCUGCCCCCUGCUCACCCUGGCCAAAGACUACCAGAAUGUGAAGCUGCCCCCAGACAUGUUCAUGCCGGGGGAGAAUCAAGGAGCUCCCCCUCCGAAACCCGCUAAGUCGUGCUGGAGGAACAUCACCCGUGCAGAAGCUGGUUGGGUGGAUUGCUGGAGUGUUCCCAACUUCUUGCUCAUCAUUGACUACACCUGGCACCCCAUUUAUCCUCAGAAGGCUGAUGAGCAGCUCAAACAGUCAUUGUCUGAGAUGGAGGAAUCUAUGCUGUCAGCUUUGCGGCCCCCGGAGCACACCUCAGUGUCCCACAGUGUCCCGCCCCGCUUCACUUCAACGACUGCUUCAGCUUCCCACAGUCGGGCAGCCACCGACCCCUCCGAGCUGCCCCCUGACAGACUUCAUGUGGAGAUGGAAAUGUCACCAGAUUCUCAAAUAAUUCUCUACGGGCCUUUGCUCCGAGCUCUGAUCUCCAUCAAGGAGAACUAUUUUGGGGAGGAUGACAUGUACACUGACUUCGAGGAAGCCGUGUCGAGCCCCGUGUUGUCCACUUCUACUUCUUCAGGCCUCGGCUGGUCUCCACUGGGAAUGGAGGACAGCGAACACAAGGAAACCUCAGACAUCCAUCCCCUUGACCUGCGGCCCUGGGACAUCACCGUGCUCAUUAACCUCUACAAAGUUCAUGGCCGGCUGCCAGUGCAUUGCAGCAGCGAGGGUCCCGAAGCUCCAUCCGGAUUCUUGGAGCGGCUGUGUUUUGAGAUGAAAAAGGGCUACAAGGAGACGAAGCUUCAGCUGCUCCUGUCCCCCAUUCAUAUCUUCAUCAGUGAUAACUACCAGCGUCCCACAGCUGAUGGGGUGCUGAGGGACGGCCACCUGAGUCUGUCUGGCCUACAGAUGAGGGCCCAUGCCAUGUUCUCCGCUCAGGGCCUUCCUCUGGGCAGUGACACACUGGAGUAUGCCUGGCUUAUUGAUAUGCAGGCUGGGGGGCUCACCGGCAGGGUCACUGUUCCACAGGUGGCCAGCAUGAUUGAGUGGGCCAAGACUUUCCUUUUCCACGUGUUCUCCCGAGAGUUCCAGCUAGAACAACCCAAGCCCUCUGUGAUCUGCCAGCAUGGUGUUGAUCGUCGCAUCUGCAAUGCCAAGCUGAGCUGCCUACCCGGUCACUGUCGCACAUCUGAGGAACUGAAGUACACCAUGACACGGCUGGCCAUGGAUGGAGUUGACCUCUUCAUUGUGGAGCAUGGCUGUGCUGCCAGUAUCAAGACGGGCAUUAUUCGUGUAGCCAACUGUAACCUGCACAACCAGGCAGUGGGCGAGGGCAUCAGCGCCGUGGUGCAGGAUGUAAACAUCCGACAGUACAUUGAACAGCAGCACACCGAGGCGACCAGGCUGCCGCCGGCCGGACAAGGUCAAGGUCCGGGUCAGCCGUUGGGUCUCGGUCAGCCACCUUUGCUGCGACGUUCUGUCUGGCUGGAGGCGGGUUCAGUCAACCUGAACCUCAUCACAGCAGAUAUCGCCCUGGCUGCUGACCACCCAGCCAAAUGUGAAGUCCAGAGGCAUUUUCUGGAACUACAUGAUGCUCAGACUAAAAGACUCUGGUUCCUGUGGCCAGAGGAGGCCGCCAUUCGGAACAAGCGAAGCAGGAACCGCUGCGGCUGCCUCGGCGGCUGCAGGUUCUUUGGGGGUACCAACAUGGGCCUGGACUUCUUCAAGCUCGAAGAGCUGACCCCCUCCUCCUCGUCUGCGUUCUCUUCAUCCAGCACUGAGUCGGACAUGUGUUAUGGCCAGUCUUUGCUACAGCCUGGGGAGUGGAUCAUUACAAAGGAAACACCCAAAGUGGAUGGAGGGAAGGUCGCAGGACUGAAAACAGACACACACUCUCCUUGCCUGCCUCCUGAGGUGCCUGAGAGGCAUGGUCAGCAACACCUCAGUCUCCAGGUGCCCCAACGAUCCCACAGCUCUGCCUCUUCCUCUGAAGAAAACAGCUCUUCCAGUGCUGCCUUGCCCUUGCUGGCAGGGGAGAGAGAUUCCCCCUCACCAAGUACAGAGGAACGCAUGUUCCCCAUGAAUGGCAAAAGCCCUGCUGACACCUUAGGGGAAGUCCCGGAAGUGUCACCAGUGUCUCCCAACAGCUCCCAGGACCGCUCCUCAGUGCGCUCACCUCUCUGCUCUCCUCUCAAGCGUCAGUCCUCUGUGCACUCCGGUCGGCUGGGCAGCACCAAGAGCCUGUCGGCGGCUGUUUUCACAGAUAAGCCACCGCCAGUGCUGUCGGGAGGCGUGCAGUUCAGCAGCGAGGUUUCCCGCAGCGACGAGAACGUCUUGGAUUCUCCCCGUCAGCGUAGAAGCUACGGUUCCUUUCCCUUCACGCCGUCAGCAGACUCGAACACCUUCCAUCAGUACCGGUCUGCCGACUCCAGCAUGUCAGUUGCCGACAGCGAGGCCUACUUCUCCGCCGCUGAGGACUUCGAGCCGAUCAGCAGUGCUGAUGAGGGACCGGGGACUUACCCAGGGCGCAAGAAGAAGAGGAGGCAGCAAAUGCAGCAGCCUCAGCAGCCACCGUAUCACAUGGAGAACUACAGCCGAAGCUCCAUCUACCACAGUGUUGAGGGUCCCCUCACCUAUGUUCUCAAUGGGGAGCUGAUCACUGAACCACGUCCUCUGCCGCUGCCCCCGACACUACCUCCGCUGCCGCCCCAACCCCUGCCCAGCCACACAUCUCAGGCCUCCUUUGUCUCAGCCCUGGCCAUGGAGGAGGAGAGCUCGGUGGAGGCAGAAAAGAUGGCGGAGCCAGGCCCGGUAACGCGACAGCCUCAUGUCAUGGCGUGUUACCAGAACUACCUGGCCCACUAUCAGGUCUCAAAUUGGUCUGUCAAGCAGCCCACCAAUAAAAGAACCUCCAAGUCUUCUCUGCAUCGCCCCCUGGAUCUGGACACGCCUACCAGUGAAGAGAGCUCCGGCUCUUUUGACCAGCUCUCAGUCCCCAGCUUUAAGGUGAUAAAGCAGGGCCUCUCAGCCAGCUCGCUGUUAGACAGAGGAGUUCAGCUGAUGGGUGAGAACAACAGUACACCUUAUACCCCCCUGGAUAAGAGGGCCAUGGAGAACACAGAUGAAGACACAACGACAGAUGACUGGUCUCUGGAGCAGCCCCUCGCUCAGACCAGAACCACUGCCAUUGUGGAAGUGAAGGGGGCCAUCAACGUGGUGCUUACGCCUCUCGUGGCCGAAUCCCUGGACAGGUACAUCGAGUCCAUGGUCCACUUUGCCAGUAUUCGACACCCAGCAGCAAUUCUGGAUGAUCUGCAUGGGAAAGUCCUCAAUGAAGCCUAUCAGAUCAGCAAGUCUACGGUCACCGAGUCUAGCCAAACAGGCAAGCAGGAGCAUAAGCUGUCCAAGACAGAGGGCACGACCCCUGGCUCCCUCAACAUCUCCCACGGCCAGACAGACCUGUCCGUCAAACCAGAUAAUGUGAAAAUCAAGGGCCUCCAAGCCAACGUGUCCAUCCCCAAGGUGAACCUUUGCCUCCUGCAGGCCUCUGUAGAGGAAGGGUCACCAUCUUCCUCCAGUAAGUGUGUCACACACGUGUCUCUGGUGGCGCUGUGCUUCGACAGGAUUGCCACCCAGUUCAGGAUGAACAGGGGUAUUGUAGAGGAGACUCCCAACACCACAGAACAUGGCCGGCCCUCCGUCAUGCUGGAGAAGUACGCUUCAGCCACUAAGAUGCAGCCUCAGUCUUCGGGCUCUUUGCGCUCCAACGCCGGCAUCGAGAAAGGCAAAGAGAUUGCUGCGAGGCUCAAUAUCCACCGAAUCCACAGCCAGCUCCGAGGCCUGGACUCCACAGUUGUUGCUCCUUCAUCAUCUGUAGACAUCGGCACAUGUGCUAUCACAGCAAUCCCUUUUGAGAAGUCCAAAGUUCUUUUCGGCCUGGAGGAAAUGGAGGAGUUUUCACUGGUGGAUGAAACUGAUGCCCAGGCGACAGCAGGCGACCUGGGCCGUUCUACCGCAUUGCUGGAGAAAUGGGGCUGGAUCAUGUUUGAAUGUGGCAUUGAGAACCUCACGGUCAAAGGGGGCCGUCAGUCAGGAGCCAUUCUUUACAAUGCGUUUGGUGUGAUGGGGCGCUCGGACACUGGGGGGAAGACGGGCAUGUCUAAGUCCAACGGUUCAACCGGCUCUCAGACAGGAAGUGGUUAUAGCACCGACGUGUCUGAUGACAACCUCCCGCAUGAUGCUGUCAGUCCAGCCUCUGAUGUUAAUGAGCACUCAGACUCAGACGACCAGGAUGAAGGCGUUGAAUCAGACGACCUGAAGAAAGACCUCCCUCUCAUGCCCCCACCACCCGACUCCAGCAGCAUGAAACUGACCAUUAGAGAGAUCUGGUUCAGUUUUGCUGCUCCCACCAAUGUGCGCUCUGCGUCACAGACCAUCUCCAGGCAGUUGAAUCUCCUCAGCACAGCCACGCCUGCCAUUGGCGCCUGGUUGGUUCCCAUCGACCAGCUGAAAUCAUCACUUCGGAAACUGGACAUGGAGGGCACUCUGCGCGUUUGUGCAGUCAUGGGCUGCAUCAUGACUGAGGCUCUCGAGAAAAAGAGCAUCCACAUCCCGAUCAGGAGCAAGUACAACCGCGUGACCAAACGAGCCCGGUACCUCCACGAGAAUCCCUCUUGUAUGCUUUGUAACAUCUUGCACCGCUACCUGCAACAGGCCGACUACUCUGUCAUUGAGGAAGCCACCAUGAAUGAUGGGGUCCCAGCCCUGGUUACUCUAAAGAAAGGUCUGGUAGCGUUGGCCAGGCAGUGGAUGAAAUUCAUCGUGGUAACUCAGGGUUUCAAGGCUAUUGGUCUGAUGAGGCCCAACCAGCUUACUAAGCCCAAGGAGCAUCAGCAGAACCAGGGUGACACAAUUUUAGGCCUGGACAAUGGAGCUGCACUGCAGAGUGACACCAGCGCGGAUGGGGCUGAAUUUGAAUUCGACGCAGCCACAGUGAGUGAACACACGAUGUUGCUGGAGGGAGCAUGCAGCCGCCCCCCACCAAAAGAAGCCAACUCUGGUCCAGUGAGUGGAGUGGAGAUCAUGAGGAAACUUUCCAAGUCGCAUACACACAACGAGUCUGUGCUCAGAAUAAAGGGCUCCCAUCCCUACCAGUCACUGAGCUACACCAGCGGUGACACAGCGGCUGAUUCACCCGCCCAUGUGAGCCGCGGAGGCCUGCCAGCCAAGGACAGCCCCAGGAAGGAGAGCCUUCUGAGCAAUCUGACGGGCAGCUUUCGGAGUCUGCACAAUCUGCUGGAGGGCACACCUCAGAGGAACGAGCCGUCUGCUGCCACCGCAGCCAAGAGCAGCUCGCUCACUCGCACAGGGACAGACAUGCUGACGGAGCACCCGCUGCUGUCGGAGCCCUCCUCUGUCAGCUUCUACAACUGGAUGUCCAACGCUGUGAGCAGCAGGACGGGGGCUGGAGUCCAAGAGUCUCCGGUCAACCGCUCCCAGCACAACAGCCUGCAGACAGGUGGGACGUGUAACCUGCCCACCAUCCCUUCAGCCUCAGACUUCAACACAGUGCUGUCCAGUGACCAGAACACCCUUGACGGGACCCAUUCCCAGCAUUCCCAGCACAGCACGAGCCAGGAUGACAUGGCUGACAUUGAGGAGGGGAACCAGUGUCCAGCUGCUGUUCAGCUGGCUGAUGCUCAGGUUGUUUUCAAGCCUUUACUGAGCUACACAGGCAUCCAGGCCCAAGAUACAACCCCGCUUAGUUAUAAGAUGUAUUUUGGAGAGCACCUGUCGUUUUCCGGCAACCUUGAGUGCCUCAGAGCAGAUAUUGUCGACUCCGAUACCACCAAGGAGCGCAAAAACAAGCGAUCCAGGAGGCAAGGCUUGGUGAACCUGCCUCCGCUUGAGUUCAAGCCAGCGUUGCUGAUCGAGACUUUCAGUGUGAACGCAGUGGUGAUGGAGAAGUCGACCAGCGCCCCUCAGGGCCCCACUGCAGUGCCGCUCUCCUUCCACGACCUCAACCGCCGCCACUACAACACAUUCCACUGUGACUUCACUACAGCCUGCCAGGCCAUCAGCCAGCGUGUUGACAUGGCCCUGGUGCGCCUCAUCCACCAAUUCAGCACCAUGAUUGACGACAUUAAGGCCACGCAGACCGACAUCAAGCUGAGCCGCUACACCGCCGGCUCGGCCUCCCCGACACCCACCUUCAAGGCCCGGCCGUACCGCCACUUCAGGUCGUCGGACUUCAGCCGCAGCUCCCGUGGAAGCCUGAACGGGGCGGGCCGCAGUGGAACCCAAACCCUGAAGAGCAAGAGAGGGAUGGGUGGAGGGGGAGGGUCAGGAGGAGGAGGAGGUGCAGGGGGCGCUGGUGGUUUACCUCCAAAUGGGCCUCCAUCUGGCAUGGACACGCUGGGACGAAGGGAGCCUAGAGGACGCAGCUCCCUUGGACGUUCAGAAAGACGCACCUCUAAGGUGUCAAGGAAAGGGUCCCGUGACGUGGCCGACCACAUGGCGAUCCCGAUGGAUGACUCCGACUCCAUCACGGUGUCAGAGCAGAGCGAGCCAUCAGCAGAAUGUUGGCAGAACAUGUACAAGCUGCUCAACUUCUACUCCCUCAUCUCCGAUCCCACUGGCAUCCUGGAGAAAAGCUCCCCGGAGAACUGCCUUUCAGAGACGGCACGUCAACCCUCGGAGCCGCUCUGUAAAGUGAUAUUUGAGAAUGAGCAGCAGGACCCCAACACGCCCAGCAAACCUCCAGGUGCGGGUGGAAGGCGACGCAGCCUGGUGAGCUCCGAGCCUCAGCACGUCACGCUCAUCGUGUUCGGCAUCGGCAUGGUGAACCGCACGCACCUGGAGGCUGACAUCGGUGGGCUGACCAUGGAAGCAGAACUGAAGAAGAUCCACGGGAGUUUCACCCUGAAGGAAAAGAUGAAAGAUAUCCUGCAUCAGAAAAUGACAGAAACGUGUGCAUCUGCUCACAUAGGAGGGGUAAACAUCGUUCUGCUGGAGGGGAUAACACCUGACAUUCAACUGGAGGAUUUCCCAACAUCUCCCACCAGCACUGCUAAACAAGAGUUUCUAACGGUGGUGAAGUGCAACAUCGCCAAGUCUCAGGCCUUAUACAGCGCCCAGCGGGGCCUGAAGACCAACAACGCAGCCGUCUUCAAAGUGGGGGCUAUCAUGAUCAACAUCCCCCAGCACCCGGCUACGCUGCACAGCAUGAUGGUCCGCAGCUCCCACCAGCUCUCCAAGCAGAUCUCAGACCUCAUCCGGCAACCCUCCACCGUCCAACCUCCUAACAGGGAGGACACCCCCACCCCACAACCCUCUGACAAAGCAUCCAGCAUCAACCAGACCCCCGUCGAGGCCAACGAGUUCCCUCAGCUUCCCGAAGGCCUGGAGAAGAAACCCAUCGUCCUCAAGUUCAGCGCCAUGAUGGAUGGCAUCACCAUUGGGGCUGCCCUGCUCCCGUCACUGAAAGCAGAGUACAAGAUGGGCCGCAUGAAGAGCCACGGCAUGACGGGAGCUCAAACCAGUUUCACCUUCGAGUUGCCGAACCACAAACUUUGCUUCCAGUCAAAAGUGUCCCCGGUGGACAUGUCCCAGCACACCAUGUCACCAUCAGCCAGCCUCACACUGCCUCCGGUCACAAUGUCGGGCGAGUACAUCAUGGAGGACCAUGAUAGUCACUCAGACCAGGGCUGGGUGCAAGACGACUUCCCGGCAAAGCAAGGAAACUACCUGCAAGGCAACUACCUGCGCUGCGUAGCUGAGAUUGGUUCCUUUGAGCACAAUCUGACCACAGACCUACUCAACCACCUGGUCUUUCUGCAGAAGGUUUUCAUGAAGGAAGUCAAUGAGGUCAUACAGAAGGUGUCAGGAGGAGAACAACCCAUCCCACUCUGGAAUGAGCACGACACUUCAACAGAUGCAGACAAACCCAAAAUCCUCCUCUAUUCUCUCAGUCUCAGGUUCAAGGGAAUCCAGAUGACAGCAACCACUCCCUCCAUGCGGGCCGUGCGCUUUGAGACAGGCCUGAUUGAGCUCGAGCUAUCCAACAGAAUCCAGUGCAAGGCUCAGGCCGGAGGCAGCAGCAGUUACCUUAAACUCUUCGGCAAAUGUCAAGUUGACCUCAACCUGGCUCUUGGACAGAUUGUCAAGCACCAGGUGUAUGAAGAAGCUGGGUCAGACUUCCACCAGGUGGCAUACUUCCAAACUCGGAUCGGUCUGAGGAAUGCUCUGCAGGAGGAAAUCAGUGGUUCCACAGACAAAGAGGCCGUCCUAAUCACUCUUAACAGACCGAUUGUUUUCGCCCAGCCCGUGGCGUUCGACAGAGCUGUCCUCUUCUGGCUCAAUUACAAGGCAGCGUAUGACAACUGGAAUGAGCAGCGCAUGGCCCUCAACAAGGACAUCCACAUGGCCACAAAAGAGGUGGUGGAUAAGCUCCCAGGCAUCCAACAGACCUCCGCCCAGGCGUUCAGCACCCUCUUCCUGCAGCUGACUGUCAAUGACCUGGGUAUUUGCCUGCCAAUUACCAACGCAUCUCAGAGAGGACAAGAACCUGUUACGGAGGGCACCAACUCUGGAGCUGGGGCCAGCUCUUCAGCAGGCCAGCAGAAAAAUGCACGAAAAGCCAAUCACAGCAUAGAUUUUGACACGGGCUCUGCGCUGGUCCUGACCAUCGAGAGCACGCUGAUCACCGCCUGCUCCUCCGAGUCCCUGGUGAGUAAAGGACACUUCAAGAAUUUCUGCAUCCGCUUCGCAGAGGGCUUCGAAACCACCUGGGAUGACUGGAAGCCUGAAAUCCGGGGAGACAUCGUCAUGAAUGCCUGUGUAGUGCCUGAUGGUACAUAUGAAGUGUGUUCCAGGACUACGGGGCAACCCUCUGCAGAAAGCAGCAGCGCCGGUACCUGGACGCUCAAUGUGCUUUGGAAAAUGUGUGGAAUUGACGUUCACAUGGACCCCAACAUCGGCAAACGCCUCAACGCUCUGGGCAACACGCUGACAUCACUAACGGGCGAGGAGGACGUGGACGACAUCGCCGACCUGAACUCUGUGAACAUGGCAGACCUUUCGGAUGAGGACGAAACUGACUCCAUGUCGCCCACCACACACAUGAGUCCAGAGAGCCAGUUCAGCCCUCGGCUGACCUUAAGGAAACGUCUGGUAAACCGCAUCCUGGGCCUCAGCCCCAGGCCUCAGAGUGUAUCUGUCCCUGCUGACUACUUAAACUGUGCAACGCCUUGCCUUCGAGCGGGCGGUGCCAGGGCCCAAAGACCCCUCUCCUGGGCUUGUGAGACCAUUGACCCCAGAAGGCCGAUGGUGAUGGGAAACCAGAUAAUUGAUGCUCGUGGGAGGAAGUUCACAAAGAGGGUUGUUGACAUCCGAGAACUGAACGAGCAGGCCAGAGUCAUCGACGACCUCAAGAAACUGGGGGCCAGCGAGGGAACCAUCAAUCAGGAGAUCCAACGCUAUCAACAGCUGGAGUCUGUGGCGGUCAACGACAUCAGGAGAGAUGUCAGGAAGAAACUGCGUCGCUCCAGCAUGAGGGCGGCCUCUCUGAAGGAUAAGUGGGGUCUUGGCUACAAACCAAGCUACAACCGUUCCAAAAGCAUCUCGGCGGCAGCGGGCCGGCCACCUCUAAUAAGGAUGGACAGACAAAGUUCCAGAAUCGGAGACGCGGAUGUGGAUUUGCCAGAUAUCCGUGUGGACGCGUCCUCUCCGGCGCCGCGGGUCACCUUCAACAUCCAGGACACGAUUAAUAAUCAGGCUUUGGACUCUGCACAUGCACCUGUCAGUCAAGGAGAGGUAUUCAAGUUCCCUGAGGAGUCAGAGGGGGACCUGUCGGGAGUCUCCAUUGAUGAUCCAUCCCAUCCUCAUCACAUCCACCUUCAUUCUCUAUCUGUUGUCGACGGCCAUCACUCAGUUUUCAGUGCCCCCGCCACCCCUGCUGUCUUCUCACCAAUACUUCCCUUCCAGCACGACGACAUGAGGCGCGAUGACCUGUCCUCGUCCUCCUCGGAAGACUCCGAGAAGGACGAGUUUGAGCACGAGAGACAGAUCAGCUAUCGAAAGCCUAUCCAAGUGUCUCAGAGGAAGUCCUCAGGCUUUUCAGCUGUGAGUCAGUUGUUCAGCGAGCGCUGGCCAAGCACACCUGCCAACCGCAGCUUCAGUGGCCCAACAACGGAAAGAAACAUUGACUUUGAGCUGGAUGUCCGUGUGGAAAUUGACAGCGGAAAGUGCGUCCUUCACCCUACUACUCAACAACCCGAGCAUGAGGAUGUUUCUUUGAAAAGAAGCUGUGAGCGCAGCCUCCGGAGUCUGGACCAGGAGUCUCCCCCAAAGAAGAAGAAGCUGCAGCCCAACUACACCUCGUCCAGCCACCUUCUAGCUGGAAAGAAGUGUCCCUCCACUCUGCAGACCAAAUCCAAUGACCUGGAGACUACAGUGUUCUACAUUCCAGGAGUGGACGUUAAGUUGCACUACAACUCCAAGACCCUGAAGACCGAGUCGCCCAACGCCUCGCGUGGAUCCUCUCUCCCCCGCACUCUCUCCAAAGAGUCGAAGCUGUAUGGUAUGAAAGAUAGCGGCCCUCCAAUUCCUCCCAAUGCUGUCCAAAGCAAGACUAACUCGCUCCUACCUCCCCCGCCCCCACCUAUUCCAUCAGCCAAAGGUAAGAGCAGUGGAGGGGUAAAGACGGCCAAGCUGUAUGCCUGGGUAGCCCUCCAGACUCUGCCAGAGGAGAUGGUGAUCAGCCCCUGUCUGCUGGACUUUCUGGAAAAAGCGCUCGAGACGAUUCCAAUCACUCCAGUGGACCGGAACUACACAGCUGUGGCGUCGCAGGAGGAAGACAUGGGUCAGUUCGAUACGGUGGAACAGCUCGAGGAAUCGACCACCUCCCUGGUUUCCUCUUCCACAUCAGUGUACUCCUCCUUCCCUGUAGACGUGGUUGUCUAUGUCAGAGUCCAGCCCUCUCAGAUCCGCUUCAGCUGCCUGCCCAUGUCCAGGGUGGAGUGUAUGCUCAAGCUGCCCUCCUUAGACCUAGUCUUCUCCUCUAACCGUGGAGAACUGGAGACCCUGACAGGAGCCCAUGUCGCAGACGGGUCACACCAGCCCUCCUCAACUCCACCCGGGCAGCACGUCCCCAAACCACCUCCCAGCAAAGCAUCCCCAUUGCUGGGGAGCCCUCUGGGCAGAAGCCGCCAUAGCAGCAGCCAGUCUGACCUCACCGGGCCCCCGAGUAACUCCUCAGGCCUCAGCUUUACAGCCUGCAUGUCUGACUUCUCCCUGUACGUCUUCCACCCCUACGGCGCCGGAAAGCAGAAAUCUGCAGUCACGGGGUUGCCUCCGGGCCCGGGGCCGUUAGGUACUGUAGAUGAGGAGUCGACUUCGGUGACAGGACGGAAGGACUCUCUGAGCAUCAACCUGGAGUUUGUGAAGGUCAGCUUAUCGAGGAUUAGGAGAACAGGAGGCCCCACUUUCAUUGAAAGCUUCAUUCCUCCUAAAGGUGGUAAAAUGGACACCACUCUCAUCAACAUCUCAGCUGUGUGUGACAUCGGCUCAGCUUCCUUCAAGUAUGACAUGAGAAGACUGAGCGAGAUCCUGGCCUUUCCAAGGGCCUGGUACCGUCGAAGCAUCGCCAGACGUCUCUUCCUGGGAGACCAGACCAUCAACCUCCCAGCCUCUGGCCCCGCCACCCCUGACUCAGCCGAAAACGUCACCCAUCAUCUGUCCCCUGAGUCCAGCCGGAAAGCCUACUGGAGGACGUGGGACGGCAGCACCGGGACGCAGCACAUGCCCCAGUCCCCAAACGUCUUCUCAGAGCACUCUACUGGAAGCAACAUGUCCCCAGGCAGCCUGGGCCACCUCAAGUCCCCUGCACCCGGUCGCACCAGGAGCGUAUCCGACUCCUCCGCUCCGAGGAGAGAUUCGGUCACAAAAACAUCCACUCCUUCAUUUGGUAAAAAUGGGAAGGCCGCAGGUCAGCAGGGGUCACCCUGGGAGACGCUGGUGGUUUUCGCCAUCAACCUGAAACAGCUCACGGUCCAAAUGAACAUGAGCAACGUGAUGGGAAACAAUACCUGGACGACCAGCGGGCUGAAAAGUCAGGGCCGACUGUCUGUCGGAAGCAACCGCGAUCGAGAGAUCAGCAUGUCUGUCGGCCUCGGCCGAUCCAAGCUCGACUCCAAGGGCGGGGUGGUGGGUGGCAAUAUAGACGUGAACACCCUGGAGAUGGUCUCCCACAUAUCAGAACAUCCAAACCAGCAGCCCAGCCACAAGAUCCAGAUCACCAUGGGCUCUACGGAGGCACGCGUGGACUACAUGGGCUCCAGCAUCCUGAUGGGGGUGUUCAGUAACGCUGACCUGCAGCUGCAGGACGAAUGGAAGGUCAACCUGUGUAGCGUGGACACCAGCCUAUCAGAGAAAAGUGAGAUCUUCAUCCACGGAGACCUGCAGUGGGACAUUUUCCAGGUGAUCAUUUCACGCUCCACCACACCAGACCUCAUCAAGAUCGGCAUGAAGCUGCAGGAGUUUUUCACUCAGCAAUUCGACACCAGCAAGCGGGCCCUCUCCACCUGGGGUCCCGGCCCCUACCUGCCCCCGAAAACCCCCGUCGUGAACGCCGAGAAAGGAGCUGCAGAGCUUUACAUGGAUGCAGCCCAUCACCGCCACUGGCCCGGGGUGCUGAAGGUAAUCGCCGGCUGCCACAUCUCCCUCUUCCAGACGCCCUUGCCUGAGGAUGCCGUGCAGCUUGGCGGGUCGAUGAGCCUCCAUGGCAAUCACAUGACUCUGGCCUGCUUUCACGGGCCUAACUUCCGCUCCAAGUCGUGGGCCUUGUUCCACCUGGAAGAACCCAACAUCGCCUUCUGGACAGAGGCACAGAAAAUCUGGGAGGAUGGCUCCAAAGACGACUCUACCUACAUUGUGCAGACACUGGAUUUCCAUCUUGGCCACAACACGAUGGUUACGAAACCGUGCGGCGCUCUCGAAAGCCCGAUGGCCACCAUAACCAAAAUCACACGCCGGCGACAUGAAAACCCUCCACACGGCGUUGCUACUGUCAAAGAAUGGUUCAACUACGUCACCGCAAUGAGGAAUGAAGAGCUGAACCUGCUCAGGAACGUGGAAGCCAACAACCAAGAGAGCGGAUCGGCCGCGAAGAGCUCCAGUCUGCUGAGCAGCUUCCGCAGCUCCUCCAGCUACAACCACGAAACUGAGACCAUCUUUGCACUUCCCAGAAUGCAGCUGGACUUCAAGUCCAUUCACGUUCAAGACCCAGAUGAACCUUCUCUUACAGACUCCAGCAGCAAACCUAAAGUGGAGUGCAGCGUGGUGACCGAGUUCACUGACCACAUCUGUGUCACGAUGGACGCCGAGCUCAUCAUGUUUCUGCACGACCUGGUGUCAGCCUAUCUGAAGGAGAAGGAGAAAGCUCUUUUUGCCCCGCGGGUGUUCGCCGCUCGGCCGGGCCAGAAGAGCCCCACCGCCCUGCACGAUGAAAGCUCCGCGGAUAAAGACAAGGACGACGGCAUCAACUACACCACGGUGGACUGGAGGGAGUUCAUGUGCAACACCUGGCACCUGGAGCCGACUCUCAGGCUCAUCUCCUGGACGGGUCGGAAGAUCGACCCCGUCGGCGUGGACUACAUUUUGCAGAAACUGGGCUUCCACCACGCCAGGACUACAAUUCCGAAAUGGCUGCAGAGGGGUGUGAUGGACCCGCUGGACAAGGUGCUGUCCGUGCUCAUCAAGAAGUUGGGCACGGCUCUGCAGGACGAGAAGGAAAAGAGAGGCCGAGACAAAGAGGAACACUGAGGAACUCAAACACUCAUGCCACUGGAAUCAAAGCUGUGCAAACUGUUCAAACACUGGAUUUACGUAUUACAAUGACCACUGCUAUACAAUGUCCAGCGUCCUGCGUAGUUGUUUACUGUGGUGCUUGCCUCUAGGGGUUCUGACUGAAACGUUUUGCACUGCUGUCUUUCUUUUUUCUGUACAUUUUGAACAAAGUAGCAAAUGCUAGCAUUAUUUGACUGCUUUAAAGGUAAAACCCUGCCUCUUUGACCUGUUGUAAAUGACCUUACUGAAACCGCUUAAAAGUUUAUUUUAAGGCUUUCCGAUUUUUCAUGAGAAAUGAUUUCUUAAACCAUUGCCUUUUCUGUUUCCCAUGGAACACAUGGUAGGUAUGCUUUAUGUAAUUUAUAGCUUAGCUUCACAAUAUUUAAGAGCAGUUCAGUGACGGCAUUCUUCAUUCUUGACGUGAACAAAUGAAUUCUGGGAGGUUACUGAAAAUUGUCCCCUCGUGAGGAUGAUAUAAGCUUGUAAUUAAAUUUGAUCAUUAUUUAUGGAUAUGUGAAAUUCAGUGUCUCUAUGAUGUAUUAGCUUGAUGUGUCAAGCUGUGUCUUUUUUUAAUCCACACAGUAGAAUCAGUGUAUAUAGUGAAAUUUCUUAAUGUGUUGAUUUCGUAACUUAAUAAAACUAUUGCCAUGAAGUUUUAAA